AGAGGCCCUCCAAAGCGAUUGACAUGUCUCUCGAAGGCGUAAACCUGGAUGCGCCGGCUUAGAAAAACAAAGCUGUUUGACAUUUGGCAACUUUCGAAUUUCUGUGAGAAUUCCCGACGAUUUCCAUAAUGGGAUCCCGCUAUAUGGUCUAUUGGCGCGUCUACGUUUAUUCCAACAACUUGUACUCGCUGCCGGAACGCGAAUCGCGCAGCUUUCGGGACUGCACGCCGCUGAUGUACAGACGCAAUUCGGAUGAGGUGCACCGGCUGCUGAGCUUUGCGAAUCGGGAGCUGUCCGUGCUGCUGUGCAACACCCAAACGGAGCUGCUGACCGUUUUUGAUGUGCUGCUGGAGCUGAUCCUGGAGAUCAAUAUGAAGAGCUUGGAGUUCAAUGCCACGCUGGCCGGCUAUCUGGGACCCAAGACGAAUCACUUUGUGCACGAGCUGAUCAACUUUGCCCGCUCGCCCUACGACGAUCUGAUCAGCUACGAGUGCAAUGUCCAGUAUAGCGCACGCCCCUUGGAUGGUAGCGAGGCGUCGGGCGAUGCUGGCGCCGUGCUGCCCAUUAUGCUGAACUUUGUGGACUUCUCGAUGUGCGUGGAUGAAGAUGAGUGCGUGAGCUUCACGGCCGAUCUGGAUGUGGAGGAUGAGGACCCCGAUGAGAUUGACGAGCUGGCGGAUCUUACCGAUCUGAAUGCACCGUUACUCCUCGAACUGCGACGCCUGCUCGCCGAGCGCAACAGCUCGUCCGCCGCCACAACACUUGCUCCGCAGCCGCAGCGUCCAACAAGCCAGACACAGAGUCAGGCUGUGAGCGAACUGCCCGUGCAGGCAUCCUCCUCGUCGUCCGCGUCGUCGUCGUCGACGACGGCAGCAGCAGCAGCAGCCACAACGUCCAACCUGAUGCCCAACGGCGUGCUGGCCCAGGACAUCGGUCUCGAGGUGGCCAUCGAGCGCAGCAUGCUGGAUCGUCUGGGCUCCGAUUACUUUAUGCCACAGCGCUCCCAGCAAAUGGUGUCCAGUGCCAGUGCCAGAUACGCGCGAAACUUGGCCACAGUCGGCGCCGUUGGCAACCGGAGCACAGAUGCCGGCAAUGCUGCUGCGGCGGCUGCGGCAGCUGCUGCCGUUGCCAAUGCAACGCGUGUGGCACAGAACACGGGCGUCAAUCCGGGUCUCCGAGCUGCCCUCAGGUCGGCGCCAAGGCCGCGGAGCAGCAGUGUGGCGCCCAAGCGGCGACGUACCACCAAUCGCGAUCUCGAGCGUUAAGCCUUCAACUAGACGAGAUUCUUCACUCCCCCCCCUCUCCCUCUCUCUCACACAAACACGCGCGCACAUCUACAAAUGCAAUUUGGGGCACGUGGCGCGUUAUUUUUGUCUGCGUCUCUUGUGUAUUAUUGUGCACAUCUAUAAUAAAUAAAAGGCGCUUAACGAA